CACAAACACGCAGCCAAGACAACCCGAGCGAGACCUGUGAGUUCGGUGUGACAAGGCACACACGUCACAGCUAUGGAUACCAGUGACAAAAGAGAAGAUGGUCUCGAGUUUAUUAUUCAAAAGAGUACCGAAGAGUCCUGCACAGAACCGUUCUUAGGGUCAGCUGGAAGUUUUGGAGUUGCCAGCGACAACAGUCUAAAGAUCCUGGCAGCCAUUGAAGAAGGGGAUGUAGCUGCUCUACAGAAGAUGAUAAGGCUCACGGCAGCCUUUGCCGAGACGGACACCAGGGGUUGGCUUCCUCUCCAUAGGGCCGCGGUGCAGACCAACGUGGACGUGCUGGACAUGGUGGUGCAGGGGUCAUGCUGGCUAAGCCUGGAGGAGAGGACCCUAGAAGGGGAGACGGCCCUGAUGCUGGCAGUGCAGGCUGGACUGCUGGGGAACGUGAAGGUGCUGCUGGAGAAUGGCGCUUCUCCACACAACACCAACAGCAGGAACGAGUCUCCUCUUCUUCUGGCCGUGAGAAUCCGAUCGUACGACAUCGUGUCCACACUCAUCAUGAAGGGGGCUUUUGUGGAGCAGGUCUGCCUGAAGAAGUGGACAGCCAUGCAUGAGGCAGCCAGGGUGGGCUGUGAUGACAUCAUGAUGCUGCUGCUAAGAAACGGGGGCAGGGUUACGGAAAGAGAUGGACAUGGCGUGACUCCGUUGGGUGUAGCAGCGGAGAAUGCCCACGCAGAAGUCCUGGAGAUUCUCAUUUACCACGGGGCUGAUGUGAAUGCGAGGGCCCCCAAUGGUGACAGUGUCCUGCAUGAUGCUGCUGCUUCUGGAAACCCCGACUGUGUAGACCUUCUCCUGCAAAAUGGAGCCAACGCAAACAUAGAAAAUCUAAGUUCGCAGCUCCCAAUCCACCGGGCUGCCUACAAGGGCCACUACCUGGCUCUAAAAAUAUUAAUUCCAGUAACAACAAAAAGGGCCAUUUGUCGUUCUGGGCAAAGUCCCAUUCACUGUGCAGCGGAUGGAGGCCAUGCACAGUGCUUGGCGCUGCUCAUAGAGAAUGGGUUCGAUGUCAAUGCCACCUUAGAGAGGUACAUCUUCGAAAACUACGCAGAUAAGCGGAGGACAGCUUUGUACUUCACAGUUUCCAAUGGUGACAUCACCUGCACGGAGCUCUUGCUGAACGCUGGGGCGAAACCCGACAGAGAUCCUCUGCACUGCCUCCUGGUGGCCGUCAGGGCCGGGAGGUAUGAGAUUGUGAGGCUGCUCCUGGCCAAGCGGGCGGACGUGAACUGCUACUUCACAGUGGUCAGUGACACGGUGUUCCCCACGGCCCUGCAGUACUGCCUGAGGGACGAAGUGAUGAUGCGUCUGCUGCUCAACGGCAGCUAUGAUGCAGGGAGAUGCUUCUGCUGUCACCAUGACAACAGCUUCCAUACACAUUGCCCCUCAAAUGAUCUUAGGAGCCAGAUGUGUGAGAUAUGCAACCAAGAGGAGAAAAUCCCUUUCUGUGACUUCAUCAGUGUAUCGUGUCUGAAGCACUUGACUGGAACUGUGGUGCGGGUUCUACUGGACUAUGUGGGACACGUGUCCAUCUGUUCCAAGCUCAAGCUGACUCUGGAGAAGCACAAAGAGUGGCCUGAAAUCGCUGACAUUCUGGGAAACCCACGGUCACUGAAACACCUGUGCAGACUGGUGAUCAGAAGACAGAUGAGUGUGAAAACACUGUGUGACAUCAGCACCAUGGAGUCAUCUCCCCUCCCACCCAGAAUCAAGGAUUACCUGCUUUAUAAGGAGUAUGAUCUAUAUGGCAAAAGUGUAGGGCUAAGCAGGUGA